AUCAUUGACACCCUGGUGUUCGGCGUACGGGUUUCCGAAUAACCUCGUCAUGUCCCGCGCCGCAUGGCGUCCUUCAACCUCUCUCUCUUCUCUUCUCUCUCUCUCUCUCUAAACCCUAGAUCCAUGCUCGAGAGAUGGCUGCCAAGGAGAUCACCAUCUCGUCCGGCUUCUCCGACGAUGACUCCCCAUCCAGAUGUGAAUUGUUGAGUAUGGUGAGGAAGCACUCGAGGUCUUUGGUGGAAGCUAGAGGGGAUGAUGAGGAGACGUCGGAUGUGGAGAUGGAUUCCCGGUUCUGGAAUCGGGUGUUCGAUUUGUACUUUGUUCGGGGCCGAGUGUCGAAGGGACGGGAAGAAGAUGAUAUGAUCUUUUUUGUUAAGAAUAUGAGUAUGGAUGCGUAUGGAUUCAAUGAUAGCAUGGAAGGAGCUCCUCCAUUCUUUGUUCGGCGGUGGGCUCCUGAGCUAGAAAAAGUUUUUGGUGAAAAUCCUACAGAUGUUGAUUGGAGGCGCUCCUUCUUCUUGAAUUUGAUUGCUCAUACAUCAUUCAGUGUAACAGUUGCAAUUUGCAGUAUUCAGGAUCUGCGCAAACAUCAGGAAGGGGAAAAUUUAGAGAUAUCCCCCAUUUACAAGGUUGUAAAGACUGUCUAUGCAUCUCCUAGUCGUGUAAAUUUUCAGUUAGACUUCAAAAAGGCUGUAGAAACAUUACCUGCCUAUCCAAAUAUUUGUUUUGCUGUUGAUGACUUUGAUGACACAUUUGAUGCUGUGGUUCUGACAGAAACAGAUCACUGCUACUGUGUGCUUCUCAAUGCACAUGGUGGAGCUGCAUUGCCUGCUGAAAGUGGUUUAGUUGACAAUGACAGACAAGCCAAGAAGGCAAAGAUCACUCUUUUCUCUGGGUUUGUUAGCUACCCAAUGAUCCGAGAAGCAUACGAAGCUGGAAGGUCUAGGUUUGGGAGCUUUUUAUCAAUUGGCCAUUCUCCAGCAAAAACAGACCGAAUUUACAUGAGGGGCCCUGGAGGGCGGGGGGAGGUUGAAGUAGCUGUAUCUGGAAUUGCAGAUCAAAGCCACCAGAUAUCUGGGCCUCCUUCACCUCUUCAAUUGUCAAAGAAAGGUCUGGGAAUUGGUUUGGGAACUGUUGUCCACAAAGCAGCAGAGGCUGCUUCUGUUUUGGCAAAGCAAGCCUAUGCUGCUGCCUCUUCCACUAGAAAAUCUGAUGUGGACCUUAUCCCACUUAAAUGCUGUUUGAUGUCGAUUGCAUUACCCUGGGAUUAUAUUGCACAUGAUCUUUUGUUUAAGGAGAAUCCUCCAGUGAAUAUGUAAUCAUGCUACCCUAGCCAAACUUGCAUUGGGUUCGGAAGAGCAAACAACAGGUACUUAUGAAAUUGUGCUGAAGGAUGCCUCCAUUGUACAGACAGCUAUAUGAACUGUAUGUAUAUUAAAUUCUGUUUGAUGCUCUUGAUCCAUUCUCAAUUAUUAUUUUUUUCCCCAACAGAUUCAAGCAAUAAGAAAUUAGGCUGUGUACUCCUUUUGAAAAUGAACACAUUGGAAAGCAGUGGAUUGUGGGUUGUUAUCCCCACCACUUGUGUAUCUUCAAUGCAUUGUUUGAAAAGCAGAUCUUGUGAAUGGUUUAUAUGUAUCUAACCCAGUAAAGAGAGAUGGAAAUGCUUCUUUCCUAA